GCACCCAGCAAGGAUCCUCAGCAUGUGGAUUACGUGCCGUCUUCAUUCCGCUACAAUGAAAGGGCAAUUGAAGCUGCACGAAAGAGGAAAGAGAGUUACGUGCGGCGUGCAUCUCUGGCGCAAAAGCGGGAAUGUGCGAGGCAACAGCAGCCGACGUUGUGCGCGCAGGGCACCACUGCAGACCAAACAGUGGACGAAGCGAUGAAUUCACCGGGAGACGACUCUUAUCACGAUAUUCAGGACGACGAAGACGAAGUGCCAUCCUACAUCCAUGCUACAAGCAAUGCAAGAUCGACAGAAGUGCAGACGGACGCUGACACUGCUGUGUGCGACUCCUACCAGCGUUUGAAAGAAGAAGUAAGGAAGUUAAGAUUUACCGCCGAGGAGCUCAAGCGCGAAAGCUCACGGCAUGUGGAAGAACAAGAUCGGAACGUUGUGAAACAUAUGAGCGAAGCAAAGGUCCAGUUUUACACAGGUCUCCCAAAGGCUGUGUUUUUUGCCAUUUUGUCAAGCAUUGUGCCCAUAUUGCCAACAGCCCGAAAGAAGUUUCCGCAUCAUCUACAGCUCCUUACAUUUUUUGAUGAAGCUGCGGCUCAACGUUCCCUUCAGAGACCUGGCGUACCGGUUUAGUUUAGAUCCCAGGACAGUAAGCCAGAGUUUCAGGACUGUACUUGACAGCAUGUUCCAUUUGUGCAAAGACCUGAUCAAGUUCCCAACCCGUGAAGUAUGCGAGAGCUGGUUGACUGAAAAAGAGCUGAAGCAUUUUCCUAGGCUUCGGGCAAUCAUCGACUGCACCGAGGUGCACGUGGCAAGGC